GUGUCUGUGGGCCUAGGUGACGAAGAAAAGUGAUCGCAGAGGGUGGUGAGCUUUGUGGGCUGAAAGACCUCCCUCAACAUAGACCCUUCAGCCCGGCAGAAAGUUUCAGAAUUAGAAGUGAGCAACAGAACAAGAUGAAGUUCACUCUAUUUGCUGCCUUUCUUUUCUCUAUAGGAUGGAGGAGUGUUGUGAUAGCAGGUGAUGGACGUCCAGUACCCUGCUGUCUUACUGUGUCAGGCACCAAUAUACGAGCUGACUACAUUGUGCGUUAUACUAUGCAAGAUCAACCGCUAUGUCCUAUCAGAGCUGUAAGAUUCCACACCAAGAAAAACAAAGUUAUUUGUUCAGAUCGUGAUAACAACUGGGCUAAGAAUGCGAUGAGGAUAGUGGAUGGGAGAAAGGAAACAAAACCUUCCCAAAAACCUACUAUGUGCAAUUCAAGUACAACAAACAUUAUCCCAACUGUAAAUACAACAAACAAAACACCAGGAACAGAGACUGAGACCAGCACAAGUAUAACUGUAACACCAAAAGUGACGACAGUCAAAACAUCUGGACCGGAGGCCAGCACUAGUACAGCUGUACCAUCAAUAGUGACGACAGUCAAAACAUCUGGACCGGAGACCAGCACAAGUAUAACUGUACCACGAACAGUGAUGACAAUCAAAACAUCUGAACUGGAGACCAGCACGAGUACAGCUGUCCCAUCGAUAGUGACAACAAUCAAAACAUCUGGACCGGACACCAGCACAAGUACACCUGUACCAUCAAUAGUGACGACAAUCAAAACAUCUGGACCGGAGACCAGCACAAGUAUAACUGUACCAGUAACAGUGAUGACAAUCAAAACAUCUGAACUGGAGACCAGCACGAGUACAGCUGUCCAAUCAAUAGUGACAACAAUCAAAACAUCUGGACCGGAGACCAGCACAAGUACACCUGUACCAUCAAUAGUGACGACAAUCAAAACAUCUGGACCGGAGACAGAGACCAGCAAAAAAAACAUCCUACCAACUUCAGUGUCCAAAGACAACCCAGAAUCUACUGCGAUAACAUGUGGGACUGGUGAACCAGCUGCACUGCCAACAGAAACAAAACGGGAAACACCUGGAAUAGGCACAGUUACACCUCUGAAUACAUUUACAACAAAGGACAAUAUGGUGAUCACAACUUCACAUAAUCACACACCCAAGAGGACAACACCGUCAAAGUUAAAAAAAAAAAAACUUAGUAAAAGCAAGAAAGGACUUAGAAAAAUUCAGAUGAGAAUGAACCAUCUAAAAAAAAAACGGGAUAAAUCUGGACAAUUUGUAUAAAUAUACACAUAGAUUACAGUAAGUUUGAAUAUACUCAUGAUGGGUUGUGAGUUGAAGCACUACAGAUAUUAUUUAGUCCUAGACUAGGACUGACGUUUGGUGUUGGUCUUAUAGCUGCAGACUAGUUCA